CUCGCUUACACAGUAUGGCCGGCGACAUUAGCUAGCGCUCGCUCAAACUCUCUCUAACGGGGAAGCAGCGGACUACAAGAGACUGGACUGUAUCUGCCUCUUUUUUUUUUUCCUACAGACUCUCGUUCAACUUUCGCUCAAACACACACACACAAAAGCCGGGGAAAUUUUAUUAAUCUCUUUUUUAAAAAAAAGUUAAUAUAAAAUACAGCAAAAAAAAAAAAAAAAAAAAAACCCUGAACUUUAGUAACACAGCUGGAACAAUCCGCGGCGGCGGCGGCGGGAGAAGAGAUUUAAUUUAGUUGAUUUUCUGUGGUUGUUGGUUGUUCGCUAAGUCUCACGGUGAUGGAAGCUGCACAUUUUUUCGAAGGGACCGAGAAGCUGCUGGAGGUUUGGUUCUCCCGGCAGCAACCCGACGCCAACCAAGGAUCUGGAGAUCUUCGUACCAUCCCAAGAUCUGAGUGGGACAUACUUUUGAAGGAUGUGCAAUGUUCAAUCAUAAGUGUGACAAAAACUGACAAGCAGGAAGCUUAUGUACUCAGUGAGAGUAGCAUGUUUGUCUCCAAGAGACGUUUCAUUUUGAAGACAUGUGGUACCACCCUCUUGCUGAAAGCACUGGUUCCCCUGUUGAAGCUUGCUCGGGAUUACAGUGGGUUUGACUCAAUUCAAAGCUUCUUUUAUUCUCGUAAGAAUUUCAUGAAGCCUUCUCACCAAGGGUACCCACACCGGAAUUUCCAGGAAGAAAUAGAGUUUCUUAAUGCGAUUUUCCCAAAUGGAGCAGCAUACUGUAUGGGACGCAUGAAUUCUGACUGUUGGUACUUGUACACUCUGGAUUUCCCAGAGAGUCGCGUCAUCAGCCAGCCAGAUCAAACCCUGGAGAUUCUGAUGAGUGAGCUAGACCCAGCAGUCAUGGACCAGUUCUACAUGAAAGAUGGUGUUACUGCAAAGGACGUCACUCGUGAGAGUGGAAUUCGUGACCUGAUACCAGGUUCUGUCAUUGAUGCCACACUGUUCAAUCCUUGUGGGUAUUCAAUGAAUGGAAUGAAAUCGGAUGGAACUUAUUGGACUAUUCACAUCACUCCAGAACCAGAAUUUUCGUAUGUUAGCUUUGAAACCAACUUAAGUCAGACCUCCUAUGAUGACCUAAUCAGGAAAGUUGUGGAAGUCUUCAAGCCAGGAAAAUUUGUGACCACCUUGUUUGUUAAUCAGAGUUCUAAAUGUCGCACAGUGCUUUCUUCGCCCCAGAAGAUUGAAGGUUUUAAGCGUCUUGAUUGCCAGAGUGCUAUGUUCAACGAUUACAAUUUCGUUUUCACCAGUUUUGCUAAGAAGCAGCAACAACAGCAGAGUUGAUUAAGAAAGAUGAAGAAAAAACGCAAAAAGAGAACACACAUAGAAGGUGGUGGCGGCUUUUUAGAUGUUGAUACUGGGGGCCACGCUUUCCAUAACCACCACCUUGUAGUUGCAGAAAGCCCUAGAUGUAAUGAUAGUGUAAUCAUUUUGAAUUGUAUGCAUUAUUUUAUCAAGGAGUUAGAUAUCUUGCAUGAAUGCUCUCUUCUGUGUUUAGGUAUUCUAUGCCACUCUUGCUGUGAAAUUGAAGUGCAUGUAGAAAAAUUCUUUGACUCUAUGAAACUUUACAACACUUGUGAAAACAAUUCGAUUUGGUUUCUGCGCAGCGUAAUAUUUCUGCAGGUAUCAUCCAAAAUUCCCCACAGACAAGGCUUUCGUCCUCAUUAGGUGUUGGCCUCAAUCCAACCAUCUGGGACUGUUCUACUGCUGCCAGGAUUUCACGUCCAGUUACCUCCACUUUCUAGAACGUAUUCUCUACUAAUGUUAUUGAAACCAAUUUCUACUUCAUACAGAUGUUUUUUGCAACAGCAAUUAAAGUUUUUCUUCACAAGUUGA